AUGAACAGAUACUUCAAGUACAAAAUGGGAAUAUCGUUAGUAUUACUUUGUGCAUAUACAAAUGCAGCAGGAAUAGGAGCACCGCCGGCGGGAGGAGCAGGCCCCGGUGGUGGAGCAGGCCCAGCACCUCCUGGUGCACCGUCUGCAGGAGAGGCAGGUCCUGGUGGAGCAGGACCCAAACCUCCUAAAUCUGGCUCUGACCCAUUGGGCGGUGCAGGUCCCAAACCUCCUAAAUCUGGCUCUGACCCAUUAGGUGGUGCAGGUCCCAAACCUCCCAAGUCUGGUUCGGAUAAAUUAGGUGGCGCAGGUCCUAAACCUCCUAAAUCUGGCUCUGACCCAUUGGACGGUGCAGGUCCCAAACCUCCUAAAUCUGGUUCGGAUAAAUUAGGUGGCGCAGGCCCUAAACCCCCAAAGUCUGGUUCAAGCAAAGGCCCCGAUGGUUUAAAAAAUCCUUCUGGUGACAAAUCAUUAUCUGCAGCCAAUUCAAUGAAAGGAAAUGGUGCAGGAAUAAAUAAAUCUUCUACUAAAGAUAAUGGUGCGGGUAUUAAUGGUGCUACACCAGAUUCUAAUAAAAAUUCAUCUAAAAAGUCUCCAGAUGGGCAUCCGUCUAAGUCAAAGAAUGGCUUACCAAGCAACCUAGCAGAUGGAAAGCAUAAAGGCAACUCAUUAGAUUCAAGCAAAGACCCCAUGAAAGGGAAUUUAAAGGAACACCACAAAGGCAGCAAUAAAAACCAGAUGAACAAUAAAACCAACUCUGCACAAGACAAGCAUGCUCAAAAUUUAAGCAAAAGCGCAAAUAGCAAGCAAAAUUCAUCUAAAAACAGCAAGAAUACACAUAAUUCAAUGAAUCAGAACAGCAAGCAAGCAAGCAGUGAAUUAAACAAAAACAGUCAGAACAAUCAAAAUGCAAUGAACAAAGAUGACCAAACCAACCAAAGCAGCACAGACAGCAACAACAAAGAAAUAAACAAGGAGAAUCACAAAAAUAACGAACAUAACGAACUCAAGAAAAGGAAAAACAUUGAAAAGAACAAUAUAAUCAACAAUCAGAAGAAAAACAGCAAAAAGAAGAAUAAAAUCAUAAACAACUACUACAAAGAUGAGGAUGAGGACAGAAACAUAAAUUCAAACAACACAAAAUCAAACAGUUUAAAAACAAACAAUAACAAGCAUAACAAAGAAGAUAUAAAAGAGAAUUAUAAGGAGAACAACAUAAGGAACAAUCUAGAAGAGAAUGAUGAAACAGACACAACAACUAUAAAUAAUUAUAGAUAUAACAAAAGAAAAAGAGGAAAUAAUUCAAAUAAUAGAAGCCGUAAUUCAGAGCAGAAUAGAUCAAGAAAUCGCAGAAGCACUGAUUCAGUUAAUCAACAAAUGAAUAACUCAGAAGAUCAUUCACACAGUCAAAUGAAUAAUUCUAAGAAUAUGUCACAGAAUCAAAUGAAUAAGCAGAAUAAGUCACAUGACCACAGUGAUCCACACAAUCAUUCAAACACCCGCAGCGACCCAUACAAUCAUUCAAACACCCGCAGUGAUCCACACAAUCAUUCAAACAUCCGUAGCGACCCACACAAUCAUUCACACGGUCAAAUGAAUAAGCAGAAUAAGUCACACAAUCACGAUGACCCACAUGACCAUUCUUCAAAUGACCAUUCACACAGUCGAAGUGAUCCACACAAUCAUUCACACGGCCAAAUGAACAGUUCUAAGAAUAAGUCACACAAUCACGAUGACCCACACGACCAUUCACACGGCCAAAUGAACAGUUCUAAGAAUAAUUCUAGGAAUAAGUCACAUGACCAUUCGCAUGACCAUAAUGACUAUUCACACGGCCAAAUGAAUAGUUCUAAGAAUAAUUCUAGGAAUAAGUCACAUGACCAUUCGCAUGACCACAAUGACCAUUCACACAACCAAAUGAAUAGUUCUAAGAAUAAUUCUAGGAAUAAGUCACAUGACCACAAUGACUCUCACGACCAUUCUUCACAUGACCACUCACAGAAUCAAAUGAACAGUUCUAAGAAUAAUUCUAGGAAUAAGUCUCAUAGCCACAGUGACCCACAUGAUCACUCACACAGUCGCAGUGAUUCACAUGAUCACUCACAUGAUCACAAUGACUCAGACAGUAGUAAUAGGUCACAGCGGCAAAUGAAUAAUUCUAGAAACAGUUCUAAGAAUAUGUCACAUGACCACGAAGGGCAUAGCCAUGAAGACCAUGACCAUAGUGACCCACAGAGUAGUAAUGCAUCAAGUAAAAGGUCUAAAAGAAGCACGAAUUCUAACAACAGGGAUUCUCACUCACACAAUCAAAAUGACUCCCACGACCACUCACAUGACCAUGAAGACCAUGACCAUUCACACAGUCAAAUGAACAGAUCUAAGAAUAAGUCACACAAUCAAAAUGACUCUCACGAUCACUCACAUGACCAUUCACAUAGCCAUGAAGACCAUGACCACAAUGACAAGAGUAAGCAUUCACACAGUCAAAUGAAUAAGUCUAACAAGAAUUCUCAUUCUCACGAUCAAAAUGACUCACACGAUCAUGAAGACCACGACCACUCACACAACCAUGAAGACCAUGAUCACAAAGACCAUGACCAUUCACAUUCUGAUUCAAAUAGAUCUAAUUCCAGUAGGAAUUCUGAUGUAUCUAACAGCAGAAGGGGCGGUUGCUGCUGUAACAAGUCUAAUUCUGGUUCUAAUUCUGAUUCAUCUUCAUCCAGCCAGGAUAACUCUAGCAGCAGUCAACAGAAUGAAGACAAAAGAAGUGGCUGCUGCUGUAACAAGUCUAAUUCUGGUUCUAAAUCUGAUUCAUCUUCAUCCAGCCAGGAUAACAGCAGAAACAAUCGUCACUGCCAUCACUGCCACCACAAUGAGGAUAAACAAGCACAGAAACAGGAAGAAUCAUCUGAAUUAUGCAAUAACUGUAAAAACAAGCAAAAUCCAGAAAAGAAAACAUGCAAGAAAUGUGAAGAAUCCAAUAAAAAUGAGAAUAAGCCCACUUCUACUUCUUCAGGUGAAAAAUCUGUAGAGAAAUCCAACAUAACCAACAAAAAGUCAUCACACAACAAAAAGCAACAGAACAAUUCAAGCACAGUAGACAGGAAGACUCGACAAAAGAGAUCUUCUUCAUCUAAAGACUCUAAGAAUGUUCAAAACCAGAAGUCACAAAACCAGAAGUCACAGAAAUCCAACCAAAAGUCACACGGCCACAAGCAAAGCCACGGCCAGAAAUCACAGAAAGCAAAUCAAAAGUCCCAGAAGGGAAACAAGCAAAAAUCAAAAAAAUCCAAUAAAUCCAAUGAUGCAUCUACUAAGAAGAGCAAAUAG